AUGGCUGAACUCACAGUCUUAGACAGCGGGCAGCUGCUAGAAUACUUGAGGGUCGUCUUGGGCGCUACUUUGUCGAGUACAGCAUCAAUACUUUCCGUGUCAGCCAUCCUUGGACGUUAUAUUUGCACCAAGGUCUUUGAGGCUCCAUUUCGGCGCAUAAGACCACUGCUCUCUGUUGCAGAGAGGGACGGCGUCCUACCGCUAUCUGACGAAUACUGUCCAGAUAUAUGCGGUGAUAGUGUUUUAAAAGAUGUGUACCAGAAGCUCUCAGAUGUCAACGAGACCAGAGCUCAACUCUGGAGAAGCGACAUGAUGUCUACCUUGGAUCCUACCCUGGUGGAUAACGGAUUAUCAAAUAAAACCCGAACACGAGAAGCUGCCGCCGAACGACGAACGGAAGCUGCUUAUGAAUUGACGGAAGCGUUCUAAGAAGAGGCGUCAAACUUCUGUUUGUUGAUGAGUACGCUGUCGGAAGCUACGGUACAGAAGGUUAUCUAGAAUUGCAGGCUAUCUUCCAGAAAGCACUUGAGAUAUCUGGAAAAUUGUGGAAAGGACGAACGAUCUUGAAGUGCGAGUAUCUCGAUGAUCUCAAGCACGAACCCUUCAAGUUCUCAUCUGAAGUAAUGGAAGCGCAUGCAUUUCAUAAGCUGGG